GAGGACAGCACAAGAAAAGAUUUGGAAUGCUAGAAGAUUAUGGAUGGGAAGGCGAAUGACAAUGUGAAUGAUUCAGAUAAGGCUAUUAUCCCUUCCUGUUGCUUGAAGGCUAGGGAUCCAUACACUGAGCUUGAGGCUAAAUGCCAUUCAACAGUUGUUUCUGGAUGGUUCUCCGAACCUGAAUCAUGCUCUGGUAAAGAUAGUAAGCGAGUUUAUUUCAAUAACCCAAUGUGGCUAGGAGAAGCGCACUUAAUGAAAGUAGAGAAGAUUUUGUACACGGAUAAAUCAGAGUACCAAGAAAUCCUGGUUUUUGGGGUUCAGCAUUUUCAUCUCCUAUUCUCAACAUAUGGGAAAGUUCUUGUGCUUGAUGGCAUUGUUCAGUUGACUGAGAAAGAUGAAUGUGUCUCUCAGGGGAUGAUAACUCAUCUUCCCUUUUGUUCAAUUCAAUCCCCCAAAACUAUAAUUUUCAUAAAUCACGGGUUCCAUAGUUCAUGAUGA